CUGUGCCCCACCUGCAUGGGGGAAAACAUCAUGAGCAGUGAAGCAGUUGGAAGGUGUCUAUCUUUCUCUCUCCCUAUCUCCCCUGCCUCUCUCAAUUUCUCUUUCCUAUUAAAUAAAAAUAGAAUGAAGAAAAGAGGGGGAGAUGGCUGCCAGAAGCAGUGGAUUUGUCCUGCAGACACCUAGCCCAUAAUCCUGGUGGCAAUGAUUAAAAAAAGAAAAAAAGGAAAAAAAAAAAAAGCUCAUGAAAUUAUAAGGAGGGAAUGUCAAGACAGAGACUCCCAAGAGUCUCCCAAGAGGCAACCUAAGGGUGAAAACUAAUGGGUGGGAGUGACAGUGACUUAGAUUGUAGUAACUGCUUUGAAAUAAAUGUAUGUUAACUUUAGAGGUUGCCUAUAUUUUAGCUGGUUCCACAGUAAUGGAAAAAAUCAACCAAACCAACAGAGUCUCUGAGUUCAUCCUCCUGGGACUCUCCUCCCGACCUGAGGACCAGAAACCACUCUUCAUCCUCUUCCUCACCAUGUACCUGGUCACCAUAACAGGAAACCUGCUCAUCAUCCUGGCCAUCUGCUCUGAUCCUCACCUCCAAACCCCCAUGUACUUCUUCCUGAGUUUCCUGUCAUUAACUGACAUUUGCUUCAGCACAACCAUUGUCCCCAAGAUGCUGGUCAAUUUCCUGUCAGAAAAGAAGACCAUCUCCUAUGCUGGGUGUCUCAUACAGAUGUAUUUCACCUAUGCUUUGGGCAACACUGACAGCUGUCUCUUGGCAGUGAUGGCCUUUGAUCGCUAUGUGGCCAUCUGUGACCCCUUCCACUAUGUGACUAUCAUAAGCCACCGCCGCUGUGUCCUGCUGGUGGCUUUCUGCUGUUCAUUUUCUCUCCUCCACUCACUUCUACACACACUUCUUCUGACUCUUCUCAACUUCUGUGAUGCCAAUGUUAUCCACCACUUCCUCUGUCACAUCAACACUCUGCUUAGAAUGUCCUGUUCCUCCACAUAUAUCAAUGAACUUGUCAUCAUGACAGAAGGCUCUGUUGCUCUGGUGACCCCAUUUCUGUGCAUUGUUUUCUCUUAUAUACGAAUCCUCAUUGUGGUUCUCAAGAUCCGCUCUGCUGCUGGAUUACGCAAAGCCUUCUCCACCUGUGGUUCCCACUUGACUGUGGUAACUCUCUUUUAUGGCAGCAUCUUCUAUGAAUAUUUACAGCCUUUGUCUAGCUACACUGUUAAAGCCCGUGUAGCCACCGUUGUCUACACAGUUCUGACUUCCAUGUUGAACCCUUUUAUUUAUAGUCUGAGAAACAAAGACAUGAAGAGGGGCCUAAGAAGGCUGAUGAGCUGA